CUGAGAUAGUAUUAGCAAAACCUCAAGCCCCUGAUUUCAAGCCUAUUACUUUUGAAGCCAGACCCGAUCCAGAGUUAAUUAUCAAAUCCCCGUGGAGCUCACCAUGCCCUAUUUGCAAUGGAAAACAUGGGAAUUAUGGAUUACAUGGUGAAUGGUACCACGAAAAUGGGAAUCAGCUCCCUUAUGAUUCCGAAUUAGCGAAGUUGUAUUCCCAAGAUAAGUUGGAAUAUUGUCUUACCUGCAACACUUCAAGUAAUAAACUCAAGUUAAUCGUAGCAUAG